AUGAAGUUUUAUGCCAAUAUCUCCUGCAAGGAUAUUGAGAAUAGAGAGCUCUUUUUCCAUGUCAGGAGCACCACAUCCAGGUUGGCAAAAGUCUGUGUGCUUUGUGUGUGCCAAGACAAGCUAUGCUUUUGGACUCCUGACUCCAGGGUCAUCUAAGAGGCCAGGGUGUGGUGCAAGGUACGAUGGGGAGACUUCUUCCACUGGUUUCUCAUGCAAGGUGUUUCAGAAAAGUUCAACAAGAUUUACCUAGAGCUAGAAUCUGAGCAUGUUUUCAGAGCAGUGAGAAGCACAGAGAAUACUUCCACCCUGAAGCUCCAGCUGACCAACAAGCAUUGUCCCUGCCUCAGGGUGGCUGUGGAGCUGCUGUUGCCCACAGGUGAGACUUGUGUGGUGGUACACUGUCUGCCUGUGAGGAUGCUUCCCUGAAGGGUAAGGGAAGAUUUUUCAGAGCCUAGUGAUCAAACCUGUGAUGUUAGUGUCCCGCCACUUUGAAGACUGAAGAGCAUUGUAGAAAGAAUGGCAAAUGUGGGCAAUCAAGUGCUAGUUGAAGCAUAUAUAAAUGGCAAAAUGAACUUGAGUACAGAAACCAAUGUCAUUUCUAUUAAAAGUUAUUUUAACAAUCUUGGAAAUCCUCCAGUGCCUGCUCAGGAUAUUCCUCAAGACAAACCCGAGAGCAUGGUGCAAGGGCUGGUAGAGGAUAGGAAGCUUCUGCAGUUUUUCCAGGGACAGCAAAUAAAUCCUGCAACGGCUUUAUGUAAUAUUUUGAGCAAUACUCUUCAUCUUGUUUUGGCUCAUGAAAAUGUCACUCUUCAGUAUUUC